CUAACAAAGACUACAGUACUACACCGUGAUUAAAGAUAAUAUUAACUCAGUAGUUAAAAUGAAUUCGACGUAUUAAAUCUUGUGCUUUGUAAAUGACAAAUUCGUUUUCGUUUCAUUUUCUAAUUUCCUUAGUAAUUGAAUCGUCUAACACACUGCAUAGAUAUGAUCCCCGCGUUUACGGUGACUGACAGGUGGUAGUGGUGAACUCCCGAAGACUAAGGAAAAAUUUUUGGUGUCUGUGGUUUCAGCAAAUAGUAUAACAAUAAUAACAACCACUGUAAAAUUAUUUUUACAAUUGGUAGUCAAAUAUUGUUUCCGUGUAGCCAUCAUUUUAAUUAAAAUGAAUAUAGUACCGCAUCAGAUAUUCGUCAUGAACGCUGAAACAUCGCGUUAUUAUAUCGAUAACCUAUACACACAGGACAACAAUAAGUGCUAUCAGGCUCUCAAUUUCAUUAAGAAUUCGAUCAUGGGCAGUAACCGUCAGAAGAAUUUGGUCAUCGCCAACGGCAUACUGCACAGACUUUUACAGGUGAUUUUGUAGCUUCCUACUGAACGAUAAACAUCUAGUUGUCCCAUAUUAUAUGAAUAAGUAAAUGUUUUGUUGUAAUACUAGGUAUAUGACUAGAAUUUAGAAUAAUUUCUCCCCAGGUUUUUUUCAUAUGUAAAUAAAUUAAGUAGGACUUAAACACAAAUAUUCCUGUGUCGAUAUAUAUGGCCUUAGGUUUUAUAAUUUGUAUUAAUAAAAUUAAGCAUGGAAUUAAAAGUAUUUGGUAGAUUUUAAACCAAUGUUUGUUAAAAAUAUAGAUCCAGUCGUCUAUUCUGGUAGAUAUAUUAUUUGUAUGUAUUUUAUAUAAAUGUAUAUCUUAAGAAUAAUUUUAACAUUUAGAUGAUAUUGAAAACAUUACUCAUUUUAUUAUAAAGAUCAACUAAAGUUUUUAUCAGCACUAUAUUAUAAGGUAUUGUACAAAUGUCACAAAGCCAAAUACCUCAUAUAUAUUUGAUUAUUUUAAUUGUACUUGAUGACAUAAGAUUUUAAUCUUAACUGGAUGAAUGUACCCAUGUUAUAAUUAACAUUGCAUUAUAUACUUAUGUACAAUAUUAAUCAAUUAAAGUUCGUAAUUUAUAUCAUAUUUUUUUUGCGAUUUCACAUUUGAUGACAAAAUAUAACCAAAAGCUCAAUGUAGCAAAAUGUUAUCUUAUUUAUCACACAAACAAUAAAAUUAUAAAUAAUCUAAUAUGUUAGGCUUCAAAGUAUCAACAUAUGACACAUAUUUUAUAGAUUCUAUGUCAUUAAGAAUUAUCUUAUAGAUUUUUGAUACUAUCCAAAAGAUCUUGGUUAAUUUUAAUAAUACCUAUGGUACAUAUAAAUAAAUUACCAAUUAGCCAGGUAUUUUAUUACCUAAUAAGCAAUUACUCUAGAUCCAAAGUUAUUGCACAUAACACCUACAAAAUGUAUUACAAUAUUGCUGUACAAAUUACCCACAAGUAUAUUCAAUUAAACAUAAAUACAUCUCAAAAUCACUAAUUAGUUUUGUGAAAAUAUGGAUUUUUAUAGGUAUUACCCGACCAAUCCAAAACACCAGAGAUCCGUCUAGAAACCGUAAUAAUACUAGGUUCUUUAGCCAAAGGGACUGAAGACCAAGUAAGGACCCUGGUAAAUGCCAACGUCGUGUCAUUCAUUUUAAAUGCUUUCUUGUUACACGACGAACCUAAAUUCAUUGAAGCGUGUCUCCGUUGUAUAUGCACUAUUAUGCAGUAUCCAUUUAUCGAUCAUUCUGUAGUCUUCAACGACGUAGCCAUCAUAAAAAAAUUAGCCCAAACCAUCGAAGAUUCGAUUAGCAAUAGUAUAUGUAGCAUGUCCAUACUGUCUCAAGCUUGUUGCACUACCGUUCAUCAAAAUAUAUUAUGGACUGAAGGAAUCGGUUUCACUUUUGCCAAUCUACUGAACACUGAACUGGACGACCUGUCUGUCGCCACACUCAAGUGUUUUGCUCGUAUGUGUCAAGACAACACAUCGAUUUCUUCGGCUUUGAUAGCAAUUGAGUGCAAUGGAAAGACUAUGCCGGAAAUUUUGUAUUCUAUGCGAGGUGGUGAUCGACCAACGGGUAUGCGAUUAGUGGCUUCAAAAUGUAUCACUUGUCUUUAUAGAGCUGGUGCACUGGAAGUGAAUGAUCCAAAAGUAAUGUUUGGAGCGUUGCCCACACUUGUGCGUCUAUGUCAGAACGAUCAAAAAUGGGAAGACCGAGUUGAAGCUGCCGAAAUUCUGGCUGUACUCAUUGAGGACGAUGCCGAACUACAGUCGUUAGCAAGUAUAUCAAAUCAUUUGUUACAAACACUGGCCGAGUUUGUGAACUAUCCCAUACAACCGAUAGGCCAAUACAAUAAUACGUUUUUCGAACUUAGAUCUAAAGAAAUGAAACAAGCCGCCUUUAAAGUAAAGUCAAUUAUUUUUUAUACAUACAUUUAUAUAUAUAUAUAUGUAAUCAAAACAAAUAAAACACUAUUUUCAUAGUAAAAUUCAUAUUUGUUUGUGUUUUACAGGUGUUUGCGUCUCUUGGUGCCAAUGAUGAAGAAAUCCGCAAAAAAAUUAUCGAGACCGAUAAUUUAGUUGAUCAUAUUGUAAUGGGCUUAAAAGAUCACAGUCCCAAAGUACAAUUGGCUGCAGUGCGCUGUCUACAUUCUCUAUCACGUUCUGUACAACAACUGCGGACGACUUUCCAAGAUCAUUCGGUCUGGAAACCGCUGAUGGCAUUGUUGGAAGGCGCCUCAAAAGAAAUUUUGAGUGUUACAUCGUCAACACUGUGCAAUCUUCUUUUGGACUUCUCGCCAUCCAAAGAACCUAUUCUUGAGUCUGGAGCCAUAGAACUAUUUUGCAGCCUGACUAAACGGAGUGAUCCUUCAUUACGACUCAAUGGAAUAUGGGCACUCAUGAACAUGGCCUUCCAGGCAGAACAGAAAAUUAAAUCACAGAUUUUGAGCACACUAGGCACGGUACAGAUGUUUAACCUGUUAACCGACUCACACGUCAAUGUACAAAUGAAGACAUUGGGGCUGUUAAGGAAUCUGUUAUCGACAAAACCGCACAUUGAUUACAUAAUGAAUCUGAGUGGGGACGACAUAAUUGAAGCUGUCAUGAUGAUACUCAAAAACGACAAUUUGCCCGAAAUCAAGGAACAAGCGCUGUGUAUAUUGGGCAACAUUGCUGAUGGCGAUAUAGCCAAAGACUAUAUUAUGAAAAAUAAUGUUAUACUGAUGAAGAUACAAGAAUACAUGACAAACGAAAAUUCAAAACUGCAGGCAUCAGCAAUAUUUUGCAUUUCAAACCUUGUGUGGAAGGAUGAAAUAGGAUCAGCUGACCGACAAGCUAAAAUUAAAGAAAUGGGUAUUUUGGAACUAUUGCAACAACUGAUUACGACUUCAGACUCUCUGAUAUUUGACAAGGUGAAAACUGCGUUAACACAGUUUUCAGACUCUUGACAGACAUCUAGUUACAACUUGCCCCCUUCUGUUGGUGUGUAAGUAGAAUUAUGUUCACGUUUCUUCCUAAUGUAAAAUAAAACUAUAACAAUCGAUAGUAAUUCAUAUUCUCACAUCAAAAUUGAUUAUGAUUUUGUGUUGUAUAUUUAAUAAAAUAAAAGAGAAGGAUACAAUUAGUAUAAUAUUAUGUAAUGUUUAACUAAUUAUUAUAUUUUAAAAAUUUAAAUAUGUUAAAUGUCUGGUGUUUUAUUUGUCAAGACUUUUUUUCGCUAGUAUUUCUAUAUUUUCAUGAACUUAUAGUAAUAUAAUGGUAUAUACUUUACAUAUUUUGUUUGAUACUUAUUACUCAUAUAUUAUUUAUUACUUUAUUGAU